UCAGCAGGUACAAUGGCAUUGGAGAAACCAUGCACUAUAUUGGUGCAUUAUGAUAAAGGUGAUCCUCCCAAUGUUAAUGAGUUCAAACAGACAUUUGAACAUGGUGCCAUUGAACAGAAGAUUGAUGCACUCAAACGUGUAAUCCUCUAUACUAUCAAUGGUGAGCCCAUCCCACAACUCUUGAUGCCAAUCAUCCUCUAUGUGAUGCCAUCAAAGGAUCACUACAUCAAGAAGCUGUUGCUCAUCUAUUGGGAGGUCAUCGAGAAGACCCACCUUGGCAAGCUCAAGUCCGAGAUGAUCCUUGUCUGUAACUCAUUGCUUAAUGACUUGACACAUCCAAAUGAGUUCAUUCGUGGAUCGACAUUGAGAUUCUUGUGCAAGUUGAGAGAGGCAGAGGUGCUGGAGCCAUUGGUCGAGCAGGUGAGAAACAAUCUCGAGUACAGACACGCCUACGUCAGAAGGAACGCCGUGUUGGCAAUCUACAGCAUCUACAACUCGUUCGAACAUCUCAUCCCCGACGGACCAGAGCUCGUCUACAACUUCCUCCUGGCCGAGGGUGACGCUUCCUGCAAGCGUAAUGCCUUCAUCAUGCUGUUCAACUGUGCUCAAGACAAGGCCGUCGAAUACCUCAGUGGCGUACUAGAUCAGGUGCCAUCAUUCGGUGACAUGCUUCAGUUUAUCGUCGUGGAGCUCAUCAGGAAGGUUUGCAAGACCAACCCAACUCAAAGAUCCAAGUACAUGAAGUGUAUAUUCACAUUGCUCAACUCAUCAUCGUCGGCAGUCAAGUAUGAGAGUGCUGGCACAUUGCUGUCAAUGUCAUCGGCACCAACUGCCGUGCGUGGAGCUACCAGCGCCUACAUCGACCUGCUGUGCAAUGAGAGUGACAACAAUGUCAAGAUGAUCGUACUCGACAAACUGAUGGACAUCAAGCAAUCACACCCAAAGAUCAUGCAAGACUUGGUUAUGGACAUCCUCCGUGCCCUCUCAAGCCCCAACAUUGACAUCUGCAAGAAGAUACUUAACAUUGUAUUGGACUCUAUUACACCAAAGAACAUUGAUGAGAUUAUAUUGGUACUGAAGAAGGAGAUCAACAAGACACAGUCCAAGGAGUUUGACAAGGGAUUGGACUACAGACAUCUGCUCGUCAAGACCAUUCACACCUCGUCGCUCAAGUAUCCAGAGGUGCUGGGCAACGUCAUCCCUCUGCUGAUGGAGUUCCUCGGCGACCAGUACCUGCCCACCGCCGUCGACGUUGUCGUGUUUGUGCGCGAGGUCGCCGAGAUCUACGAGAAGGAGCGCGUCGCUGUCGUGCGCAAGCUGAUCGAGACGCUUCCAUUGAUCAAGAUCUCCAAGGUGUACCGCGUGGCCACCUGGAUCAUCGCCGAGUACUCCUCGUCAUUGGAGGAGCUCGAGCUGGCCUACAACUCGAUCGAUGCCGACCUCGAGGACAUCCUCCGUCCCAAGCCCGUCGAGGAGACCACCCACGAUAACAAGCCAAACAACAAGAAGAAGGUUGAGCAGACCUCGAUCGCCAAGCUGAUCACCGAUGGCGACUGGUACCUGGCAUCGUGCAUCUCAUCCUCACUCAGCAAAAUGUACUUCAAGGCCGAGUCGUUUGGAAUGACUGGCGAGGAUCUCAACCGAUUCCGUGCCAAGAUCAUGUUGGUCUUGGUUGUACUUAUCAACCUGGCCAGGAAGUCGCAGGCCUCCACCUCCAAGUCCUCAUACGAGAAGAUCAUCUCAUGUAUCUCAGUACUCUCUACUAAUGAUCAGACUGUUAGGAACAUUUGGUUGAAGGACUGUCGCGAAUCAUUCUCUGAGUAUCUGCAGCAGACCAUUGCCAAGCAGAAUGAGAACAACAAGAAGAACAGCAAGGAGGUUGUUAUCAAGCCAAACGAUAUUGUCUCAAUCAGACAGUUGAAGUCAAAGAAAGCAUUUGGUCCAGUCGAGGUAGAGGAUGACUUGGGCAAGGCUGUUGGCACGGAGACUACACACGAUCACUCUGAAUACUCCAAGAUAUAUCAAUUGAGUGGAUUCUCUGAUCCAAUCUACGCAGAGGCUCAUCUUAGAGUGCAUCAGUAUGACAUUGUAUUGGAGAUAUCUGUAUUUAAUCAAACGAAUGAUACACUGCAGAAUGUAACUUUAGAAUUGAUAUCGUUGGGCGACCUCAAGAUAUGUGAACGUGUUGCGCCAUUCACAAUGGGACCUCGCGAGAAGACCAGUGUCAAGGCAAGCAUCAAGGUGUCCUCCAUUGACAAUGGUGUCGUGUUGGGCACGAUUGUGUUUGACAUUGCCGGCUCGGUCAGCUCCAUCUCUGACAAGAACUGUGUCAUCCUUAACGAAAUCAACAUCGACAUUAUCGACUACAUUCAACCAAUCACUCAUCUCUACACCGAUGUGCUCUUCCGCAAUCAUUGGCUGGAGUUUGAGUGGGAGAACAAGAUCCCAGUAUACACAAACAUAACUGACCUUGUUCAAUACGUCCAACACAUUUCCAAGAUAACAAACAUGGGAAUAUUGACACCAGAUAUUCAUAUGUCAAAUGAGACUGGAAUCUUGUCGGCCAACUUGUGCGCCAAGAGUGUGUUUGGUGAGGACGCCCUGGCAAACAUCUGCAUUGAGAAGCAAGCCGAUGGCAAGAUCGUUGGAUACAUUCGCAUACGUUCCAAGGUACAAGGCAUUGCCGUCAGUCUUGGUGGUCGCAUCACAUUGAAACAAAAGCAACUCCAGACCGCU